AUGGCUGCCCCUACCUCCUUCCUCCCCCUCCUGCCCUUCCUCCUCCUCCUCGCCAAUGCCGCCCGGGCGCUCAACCAGGACGGCGUCCACCUGCUCUCCGCCAAGCGCGCGCUCACCGUGCCGCCGGACGCGCUCGCCGACUGGAACGCGAGCCACGCCACGCCCUGCGCCUGGACGGGCGUCACCUGCGACGACGCCACCGGCGCCGUCACCAACCUCUCCCUCCCCAACCUCAACCUCUCCGGCUCCUUCCCGGCCGCCGCGCUCUGCCGCCUCCCGCGCCUGCGCUCCGUCGACCUCAGCACCAACUACAUCGGGCCCGACCUCGACCCCGCCCCCGCCGCGCUCGCCCGCUGCGCCGCCCUGCAGCGCCUCGACCUCUCCAUGAACUCGCUCGUCGGCCCGCUCCCCGACGCGCUCGCCGACCUCCCGGAUCUCCUCUACCUCAGACUCGACAGCAACAACUUCUCCGGGCCCAUCCCGGACUCCUUCGCCCGAUUCAGGAAGCUCCAGUCGCUCUCCCUCGUCUACAACCUGCUCGGCGGCGAGGUCCCGUCUUUCCUCGGCGCCGUCGCCACGCUCCGGGAGCUCAACCUCUCCUACAACCCCUUGGCGCCGGGGCCCGUGCCGGCCACGCUCGGCGGCCUCUCGGACCUGCGCGUGCUGUGGCUCGCCGGCUGCAACCUCGUCGGCUCCAUCCCGCCGUCCCUCGGCCGCCUCGCCAACCUCACCGACCUCGACCUGUCCACCAACGGGCUCACCGGCCCGAUACCGCCGGAGAUCACGGGCCUCGCCAGCGCGCUCCAGAUCGAGCUCUACAACAACUCGCUCACGGGACCCAUCCCCAGCGGCUUCGGCAAGCUGCAGGAGCUCAGGGCCAUCGAUUUGGCCAUGAACCGCCUCGACGGCGCCAUCCCGGAGGACCUCUUCCACGCGCCCAGGCUCGAGACCGUGCACCUCUACUCCAACGCGCUCACGGGGCCCGUGCCGGACUCGGUGGCCACGGCGCCGUCGCUCGUCGAGCUCCGCCUCUUCGCCAACAGCCUCAACGGUACGCUGCCCGCCGACCUCGGCAAGAACGCGCCGCUCGUGUGCUUCGACGUCUCCGACAACUCCAUCUCCGGCGAGAUCCCCCCGGGGGUAUGCGACCGCGGCGAGCUCGAGGAGCUGCUCAUGCUCGACAACCAGCUGUCCGGCCGCAUCCCCGAGGGGCUCGCCCGCUGCCGGAGGCUGCGCCGGGUCCGCCUCUCCAACAACAGGCUCGCCGGGGACGUGCCCGACGCCGUCUGGGGCCUGCCCCACAUGUCGCUUCUCGAGCUCAACGACAACCAGCUCACCGGGGAGAUCUCCCCGGUCAUCGCCGGCGCCGCCAACCUGUCCAAGUUGGUGCUGUCCAACAACCGUCUGACGGGAGCAUCCCGUCAGAGAUCGGGUCGGUGUCCAAGCUCUACGAGCUGUCGGCCGACGGCAACAUGCUGUCUGGCCCUGCUGCCGGCCUCGUUUGGCGGCCUGGCUGAGCUCGGCCGCCUCGUGCUACGCAAUAAUUCGCUGUCCGGUCAGUUGCUUCGGGGGAUCCAAUCGUGGAAGAAGCUCAGCGAGCUCAACCUCGCGGACAAUGGCUUCACUGGCUCCAUACCACCGGAGCUCGGUGACCUGCCGGUGCUCAACUACCUUGACCUCUCCGGCAACGAGCUCACCGGCGAGGUACCGAUGCAGCUGGAGAACCUGAAGCUGAACCAAUUCAAUGUCUCCAACAACCAGCUGCGUGGCCCGCUGCCACCGCAGUAUGCCACGGAGACGUACCGCAACAGUUUCUUGGGCAACCCUGGGCUGUGUGGAGAGAUCGCCGGUUUAUGUGCCAACUCAGAUGGAAGGUCGAGGAACCGCGGCUCUGGCUUCGCCUGGAUGAUGCGCUCCAUCUUCAUGUUUGCAGCUGUCAUCCUGGUCGCUGGAUUCGCGUGGUUCUACUGGCAGUACCGGAGCUUCAGCAAAUCAAAGCUGCGCGCCGACCGCUCCAAAUGGACAUUGACGUCCUUCCACAUGCUCUCAUUCAGCGAGUACGAGAUCCUUGAUUGCCUCGACGAGGACAACGUCAUUGGCAGCGGUGCGUCCGGGAAGGUGUACAAGGCCGUGUUGAGCAACGGUGAGGUGGUGGCGGUGAAGAAGCUGUGGAGCACGGUGGUCAAGAAGGAUAUCGAGAACGGCGCCGGCGCCGGCGCCGAGGAGGGCUCUGCUGCCGACAACAGCUUUGAGGCCGAGUAUGCAUACACGCUGCGCGUGAACGAGAAGAGCGACACGUACAGCUUCGGCGUGGUGCUGCUGGAGCUGGUGACGGGGAUGCCGCCGGUGGACCCGGAGUUUGGGGAGAAGGACCUGGUGAAGUGGGUGUGCAGCACGAUGGAGCAGAAGGGCGUGGAGCACGUCCUGGACAGCAGGCUAGACAUGGGGUUCAAGGAGGAGAUUGUCCGGGUGCUCAACAUCGGGCUCCUGUGCGCGAGCUCGCUGCCGAUCAACCGGCCGGCGAUGCGGAGGGUGGUGAAGAUGCUGCAGGAGGUGCGGGUGGGCGCCGCGGCGGUGGAGCCGGGCAGGCCGCAUCCGUCGCGGGUGGUGGACAGGGACGGGAAGCUGUCGCCGUACUACUACGAGGACGCGUCGGACCAAGGGAGUAGCCUGUAA